UCGGGCUGAGCGAAGGGGUGCGGGAGGACGCGGCUCCGGUCCGGCUGCGGUGUCCCCGGCCCCCCCGCUCCCCCCUGGCCGCCUGCGGGGCGGUGCUGCCGGCGCGGCGGGACGGCCCCGGCGGCCGCAGGAGCCUUCCCCCGCCCGGCCGCGACAGGGCCGGGCUGCCCCGCACCGCCGAGCAGCAGCGGCCGGAGCAAAGGAUGGUGCUCAUCACGCUGAAGCCUCAGACACCCUCAGCUAGGGACCAGCCUGGCCAAGGAAGACAACAGGGGUUUGCAGUCUGACCUGCACAGCUGGUAUGUCACCUUGCACCCCACUGCUGGUGAACCGGCUGGAGCUGGGAGUUCUGCUGCCAGGAGGGCUGGUGGGGGUGGGGCGAUGAAGCUGAAUGAGCGGAGUGUGGCCCACUACGCCACCUGCGACUCACCUGCCGACCACACCGGCUUUCUGCGCAAGCGGGUAGAGCGGCACCACCACCAUGCCCACCACCAUGGCACUUCCUACCAGCGCCGCUGGUUCGUCCUCAAGGGCAACCUCCUCUUCUACUUUGAGGAGCGGGAGAGCCGGGAGCCCGUGGGACUGGUGGUCCUGGAGGGCUGCACCGUGGAGCUGUGCGAGGCUGCUGAGGAGUUUGCCUUUGCCAUCCGCUUUGAUGACGCUGGUGCCAGGGCUUAUGUGCUGGUGGCUGAUGGGCAGGCUGCCAUGGAGGCCUGGGUGAAGGCACUCUCACGGGCCAGCUUCGACUACAUGCGGCUGGUGGUAAGGGAGCUGGAGAAGCAGCUGGAGGAGGCCUGCAAGAGCUUGGCCGCUUGCCGUAAGUCUCCACAGAGGUCCUCCUCCUCUGGCAGGAAGAGGCAUCUCUCCAACCCUGCCUUGCAGCCUCUCCAGGAGAAGCCUGCCACCCUGGAGAAUGGCUACUCCACAUGGAGUAGUGGAGGAUGUGUUGCCGGUGGAGCCACCUGCACUGACCAUGACGGGGGGCAAACAAAGCCCCCGCCCCUGCCUCCACGCCGGCGCUCGGCCGCCAGCAGUGCCACAGGAUCCACAGCACUUGGCCUCUCACCAGCCAUGCUGGAGAGCCCAGUGCCACCGGAAACCAUCUGCUUCUCCAAGCUGCACAACUGGUACGGGCAGGAGAUUGCAGUGCUGAGACGGGAGUGGCAGGAGAGGCAGAAGAGGGGACACCCAUGACUGGGGGCACAGGACACAAGUCACUGGCCAGCUGAUGCCUGGCAGCCCGUUCUGUAUGCAGGAAGAGUGAAGUGAGGGACGCUGCUUGCCCCCUGCCCUCAUGAGUGGCUGAGUGUACAAUGUGUGUAUGCUUCACUUGGGAGGGACUCAAAUCCCCUCUGAACCUCACAUUUAACUUCUAUGAGGCUUUAUACAGCCGGAGAGCAUGUAACACCAGGGGAGCCACCUUUACUUAAACUCUCUCUGCUGAAAAUAGGAGCUGCCCAAAUCAGCACAUAUGCAAUGAGCCUCAGCCAACAGGCCAGGCCACUUGCUGUCCUGACAUGGUGGAUGCUCUGAGUGUUUCAUCCCCUACCUCUCCUUCACCACUUUUUUGAUUUGUUUUGUUUCUAGUGUGGAAGUUUGCUUUUGGUCAGUGUUUAUUACUGUCUGUGGUCUUGUGCCAAAGUCCUUCUGCCUUUGUUCUUUUGCAGUAGAUAAGGCUGGGCUCUUAUGAAAUGCCUCUGACAGGCCAUUGGCUGUGGUGCGUGCCUGCAGCCUUGUGCCUCUCUCACUACAGGACAUGCGAGCCACUGCAGCUGUUGCUGGCCCAGCAGCUGGGGCUUUUGCAUUGUAUUUUUACUUUGAUCUGCACUAACCCUUCUUUCAGCUAAAUCCUUCAGGAUGUGGAUAUCAUGGUCUUGCAACUAUCUCUUUGUGUGCAAGCCUGAAAUGGAGACACAGAGCUUAGCCAGAAGCCCCAGCAAGGACACCAGGGGCUCCCCAGGGCUAAUCUGGACUCUGUCAAGCAGUAACCAAGCUUGCUAAUAUCUCUGGCUCGAGGUUUCUCUGUUCCUAUACAGGGAUGCUGAAGCCUCUUUGCCUGGGCAGGAGUAAAUUUCUCAGACUUUGCUUAGACCACAGCCUGUGCAAGGUGCCAUGUAGGGCUCAGUCAGCUCAUCGGGCUGCUUGCCCAAGAGGGUGUCCAGAGCCACACUCCUGCAGGGCCUCUCUCAGUGUUGUGGCUCUGCCCAACUCCUGGCAGUGCUGUGCAGAUGGAGGAGAGGCUUUGAAGGGUGGGGAGGGAGACAAGCCUAGUCUCAGAAGGAGAAGUAGAGGUGUGGGAAUGAGUUAUGGGUGUUGGUGGUAUCUGAGCUUGCCUCUCCAGUGUCAAAGCCAUGUCGCUGCCUUCUACCAAGCCUGCACCUGGCCUGCCGGCACUUCCCUCUGAUUUCAUGUCAGCAUUGCUUGUCUGAUCUCUGCAGCACAUCCCAUCCUCCCAGCGGGCUGGGAGGGCUGCAGGGAGGGCAUGCCUGUCACCUCACUGUGAAAACAGACUUGUCCAUCAGUAGGUCAGAAAUCUUGGCCACAAGGCACAUGGUACAAGUAGGUGGGUGCCAAGUCCAGUGACUAGAAUACCCUUGGGAUAGGGUUUAAAAAUUUCUCUUAUCUAGUUGCAUGCUUCCCAUCUAAAAACAUUAAACCUGUUUUUAUUGCCCUUUUUUUUAAAGAGCUUUGCUAGGAAAGCAAAAGCUCAUUUCAGAUCAUGACUGGCUGGAACCUUUCUGGUCUUUAACACACUCCUACUUUAAGGACUUUAAGCUUCCUACUUUGCAAUAGCCUGUAGAGAUAGCCAAUGCAGAAAUCAAAUUAAUUCUAUUAACUCUUGGUGCCUUUUAAAAUAUGUCUCUGGUAGUUUUGGAUGAUGAGCUUCCAGCCUCCUGCCUAAUUAUGGCUCGAUGGUACAUUAGAGGAAAUCAGAUCUUAAAUUAGAUCUUACAAAUUACUUUGGGCAGUGAGAAUGUAACCUUCACUUGUGAGUAACACAAUCCAGCCCUCUCCAGUUUGUGGUUGUAUUACUUCACAGUAAAGAUCUUCAAGUUCGGGAGGAUUAUUUUUGUUUGGUUUCUAUUAAAACGGUUCAGAAAAAUUGGGAGCAGGUGGCCAUGGGGCAAAGCCCUGGCUUCAUCAGCAGCUUAGCUGGUUGGACGUAGGGGCCAUUUCUGCCUUCCUACCCUGCUGCUUGAAGAGUUCAGUACUGCAGCAUUCCUGGCUGCAAAUGUGUCCCUUUUCCCAUGCCAGGACAGCAGCACUAGGGGAUUGCACUACCUGGUGACUCCUUGCUCUGAGAAUGGGUAUUUUGGGACCAAGGUCAAAUUUGUCAAGCAUUUUCCUGUGCUUUUUUUUUUUUUUUUUAUGUAAUACAGAGAGAAUAUUCUUGAUGUCUCAGAUUACCAUAAGGCAGUAUGAAAGUAAAGACUCAACUUCCAAAACAAAUCAAAAUAUAGUAGCAGUCCCUACAUGAGACUCAAGAACUGGGAGUGACUUGAAAGGGAAGAUAAAUUAACAAAGCCAGUUCUGUCAGAACUGAAACUGACACAGUGUUAUUCAUUUAAGGGCAGUUUCACUUUUAAGAAGCUUAGCGUGUUUUAAUAAGCCAGGAUUGUGCUCGUAACACUGCUAAAGAGCUUAUAUUUAAUGCUUUAAUCUGUCCCAUUCAAACGGCACAAUUUCCACGCUACCUACCUUUGCUUAGCCCAUAUCCCAACUAAAUCCCCAAUCCAAAUGAGGCACUGCGCUCUGCUUUCCAUCUGAUCGCGUUUGGAGUAAUUUUGUGUUUUAUUCUGCAGUGUUGACAAGAAAAUGCCUGAAUCCUGAUCCACAUAUAUGCUCAGCCCAGCCAUCCAUGCCUGGGCCUUUGCUGGGUCUCCAAAGCGCUGUGUGACUUUGGAUGUCCUUGAUCAGGGUUUCCUCACCAUCCCACUGUUGUAGCAGCCUUGCCCAGAUUUGUAUGAGAGUACAGUUUUUUUAAUGACCACUGCCACUUGCUUCAUUAGGUAGGAAGCACCUGAGUCCUGCACUGCCUCCUUACAGAUGGAGGCUAUAAAGCCAGCACAGCUGAAUUGGUUGUGCUGGCAGUGCCUUUGAAGCAGCCUCCAGGCAGGAGGCCAGGAUUUCAGCUUCCUGACCUCAGCUUGCUGAGGUUGAACAUUCAGCUGGCUAAUGGAGCAGCCUGUCUGUCCUUCUGCAGGCAGAGAUUGUUACAGGAAAGGCAGAGAGUUUUCACUGCACCUAAAAUAAGCAGCAGAAUAAGACUGAUUGCCACCCAGGGUUUUUUUUCUUAGGUCGUUCAGGUUUGGACUGUUUCACCUUCUGCCUCCACUUUCCCUUUUUAUUUUUAAAAAUAGAGAAUGCCUAUCUAAACAGGUUCCUAGGCAAAGGGGGAGCUGAACACUGAAGUUGAAUGGGUACUUUUCUUAAAGUACUGAAGUAAGAUCCUUUUCCUAAGAGUUUUCUUUAGUGCAGAAGUGAUGAGAGGAAGGUGCUAAAAUUGAAAAUAAAUUGAAAAGGGGCAGUUUUGACAUAGCCUUUGUGAGCUGUGCCAGGAAGGGCUCCCAAUCCUGCUAAAAUAGUUGAUUAAAUACUUUUAUUUUUCUGAGCCUGACAUUUUAGAUUUGAGCUCGUGAAAUAUAAUUUCUGCACAAUUUUUUUUUUUUUUUUUUUGUAAGACUGUGCUGUUUUCCACUGAGUCCAAUUGAAGAGUUACCUGAAGGUUUUACCCUUGACCGCUCUUAGCCAUGUGGUGGACAAUCAUGACCAAGAUCAGUCAUUUUGUGUUACCGUAGCUACUGCACUAAUAGUGCCUGGGGGAGCUACCCCUCAGCUCUCUCCGCUGCCUUUGCAGAGCAGCUGAAAAGCCCCACUGAAAUGCACGGGGGCAUCUUUCAGCAGCAUCUUUUACCAAACUGGUGUUCUCUCCGCACAAUAGCCUCGAAAACACUACGAGCGACUCCUGCCUUUCCAAGUGCUUCUGUUUUAGGUAGGGCAUGUUCCUUUUUUUAGGAGAUGGUUUUGCAUGCGCCUUUGUUUUACUUGUAUUAUACAUUGCAUUACAUUGUUUAGAGUUUGUUUUACACGCGGAACUUGUAUUACGCAUCCCACGACAUUGUUUAGAGUUUGUAUUUUAUGCCGCGAAGCCGAAUAAACCGGUUUGAUUUGUA